AUGCUAUUCCUAUUGGUGAUCUUAAAUAUUUCAAUACAGUAGACUCUCUGCGAUUGGAGAUUUGUUUAAAUUUUAGAUGGAUUAAUUUUGUAAAUUAAAAAUGAUUUAAGCUUAGCUCAUGUUUAGAUUGUUACAAAUGAUGAAUCUGCGAUAACCAACUCAACUGUAAAUCAAGAUUAGUUCUAAAAUGUCCAGAUUGUAAAUUAGCUUUGGUUUUGGGCAAAGAACUAAUAAAAUUAUCUGCUACCUUUUUCUUCAAACACCUUUAAAAGGAGAAUGACCUAUAACGUAUAUGAUAAAGAUAAUAAUUUAGUAAAUUAUGGAUCAUUCAGAAGCUUCAUUAAAAUAUUAAAUGUUCAGCAAAGAUUAAUUGAUGGGAGCUUCAGAAGCAAGUAGCUCUCAAUUGUUGCAAACACUUAUAAAUAAUUUAAAAUUGUCAAUGACUCAAAUGAAGAUUACUAUUUCCAAAUCCAAGUAUAAAUAGGUAAUAAUCUUAUUUAACAGCCUUAAAAUAUGUUUAACUUGUUAGUAGAUGGCCAGCAAAUAAACAGUUUUUAAAGUUGCUAAAGUAAUAUGCUAUUUUCUAUUUGUUAGUGCUUCAAGCAAACAGAUUUCCCAUAAUAAUUCAAAAAUUUAGAGUUUGUCUUUUAAUAGUAUUUAAUUUCAAGUAUUUAGAUCAAAAUGCAGUUAUACAAUCAAGUGAGCUCAUUCGAAUCUAUAGAUAUUAGCACUUUCAAUUAGUUUUACUCUGUUUAAUAUCUUCUCAGUAAUGACAUGUAAGCAUUAGUAAGACCUUCUUCGUUAGGUAAACUGUUAGCUUAUGAACUUGCAUUUAAUCUGAAUUUUACAAUAUUUGUAAAUUGUGAUUUAUAUUAAAUCAUUUUACCACCAAGUAUAAGCUAACAAUUUACAAAGGCAGCACCAACUUUAAUGGCAUAAUUCUAAACCAAUAGUAAUUUUACUGAAUAAGUUACUGAUUACUACAAUAAUGGAACUUUAAUUUUACAAAAAAGUCUUUCUUUUAAAUCUAGCAAUACUCUUAAUAAUAUCUAGAUUUUGAUAUAAUAAUUUGAAUUUUAAGAUUAAAUAGACGAUAAUUCUUCCUCAAGUAUUGUUUUUAAUUGCAGUUAAAACAACUUAUUUGUUAAGAACUUUACUAUUUCUAAGAUAUAAUUACCAAAUGCUAAUCUAACUCAGACAUAAAUUGUAUUGAAUAAUACAGAUAUUCCAACUUUGAAUAUUAUAAUUCAAAUACCUCCAAUAAAUAUCCUAAGUUCAGUUUUAACUUUAGAACUUCCUAAUGGAGUUUAAUGCUUAAAUUAAUCUUAGACUAAUAUUCUAACAAACGGAUUUGUUUAUUCUCAGUAUUAAUCGAUUGAUAAUUCAAUAAGCUUCCUGUCAACAAACUUCACAUCUGCCUCUAUUUCAAUCACUUUUACAAAAGUAAAUAAAAUUGAUGGAAAUCAAAAUCUAACAAAAAUAAAUGUAAAAUGCAUCUUUAAUUCCACAGUUUUAUUUUAUGUUGACGCAAAUACUUAAUAGACAAUAACUAUAAUUUAACCUCCUUCUCCUCCUCCGCAAACUCAAAUAUAAAUAAACAGCUUCAACUAAACAAGUUUCUCGUCUUUGAGUAUUUAUGAAAAUAGAACUUCUGUGCUCUCAUAAUUAGCUUUUUCUUUCUCUAUUUUAAAAUUUCUAGAGACAUGUUCUUGGCUUAUUGUCUCUUUACCAUUAGAAUUCACAACAAGCUUUUAGCAAAAUUCUUCAUUUAAUCUUUUUGGCUGCCAUGGAAAUAAUUAUUAAUACACUCAAGUAAAUCCACUUUCUGCCUAGUCUGUUAUUGGCUAUACAUAAAAUAACAAUUGCAUCUACAUUUCUUGUUUAGCUUUAUAACAAUUCUCACAGCUAAACAACAACAAUAAUAAUAACUAUUGCUUGAAUAAUACAGUUACUAUUUAAAAUGUAAAAAGUUAUGAUUUAGCCACUUAGACUUAAGGAUUAAAAAUUUUUGUUGCAAACAGAAAUAGUUCAAAUAAAUAGGAUCUGAAUCCACCUACUUUUUUUAGUGAGAAUUUAGAUUUAAAUAAUAAUAGCUUACCUUAUUAUUUCACGAACUCAGAAGUAUCUACUUAUCAAGGUAUAAAUUUAACAGAAGUUGAUUUGAGUUAUUUAGCAUUCAAUACAAUAUCAACAUACUUAAGAGAUAUCUUCAAUUUUACUAUGACCUUUUCUUACCCAAUAUAUUUAUGGGAGAAGCAUCAUCUAAACAUUUAAUUACCAUACUAAUUUCUUGGUAGUAAUAAUAUCACUUGCUAACCUGCUUCUUUUGUUUAAUGUUCUCUAUAAAUGGGAACUCAACAAAACUAUUCAACUUUAAAUUUACUCAUCCUCUAAUAAGUCCUUCCAGAUACAAAAAUAACUAUCGAAGUUUAUUAAGUAGUAGUAGUAGCUGAGAAUACUAUUUAGUAGAAAUAAGCAGUAAUAAAGUUAUUUUUAGAAAACAGACUUAUAAACACUAAAAGUAAGAUCAUAGAUGUUUUGAGUGAUUUAAUGCCUUAAAAUUUUAUUGUAUUUUCAACUAGUUCUCCUCUUUAAUUAUCAAAUUCUCUACUUGGAUUAAGUGAUGUGAAUUACACUUUUUUUAUUAAAUAAAUGAAUUUGCCUCCCAAAAUAAAUGAUAAUUAUUACCUUUCCCUAACCUUAGAUUAAAGUUUUCUUCUAGUAUCUAAUAAUUACAAUUGCUCAAUUCUGACUUAAGGAGAAAAUUAAAUCUAUUUAGAAUAAUAAUUAAAGUGUCUUUUUUAUUUUCCUAACAACUUUAUUUUUUCUAUUUCUAGCUUCGCAAUAAUGUCUCAGCCAUUUUAACUUAGAAUAAGUGGUUUGAGAAAUCCCUCUGGUAUUGUUGAAUAAAAUGAAUAAAAUGUAGCCUAGACAUAUAAUUUUUAAUUGAUAUGGAGUACACAAUAAGGAAAUAGUUUCAAAAAUGUUUGGCUUAUAUAAUCAGUUAGUCUCCCAAUCACUUCCAAAUAUACUUGCUCACCCAAUUGCUAAGCUUGCGCAUCAAAUUACGCUGCUUGUACAGCUUGUGCUCCUGGAUAUCUCAAGUCGCAGUACAAUCAUCACGCCGUCCUUGCUUGUCUUCCUACAUGCAGCCCUUAAUAUGUAGCCUAUAAUGGUACUUGUUUAGCUUGCUAGCUAAAAGACCCUUAAUGCUUGUCAUGUUCGCCUUCAAAUCUCACUUAAUGCUCAAGCUGCAAUCAAGGAUAUACGCUGGUGCCUGAGUUCAACGGGUGCGUCGAUAGUCACUUGCUUCAGACAGCAAGAUCAAGAUUAUUAGAUUACUCUUUAUCUACAAAUCUUGCAGAUAAUAUAGACACUACUCAUCCAGAUGAUGCACAAAAAUCAGACAAAGCGCAAUCCUUGACUAGAAUGACUGAAGAAAGUUCAAGUGCUAAGGCCGAUUAAAGGGAAGGCGGCGAAAGCAGCAGCAAUACUGGCAGUAAGGUUAUGGGCCAGUUGCAAGAUACUGUAGGCGCUUUAAAAGGAGGAGGAGCAAUCUUUAUAUGGAUAGUGUUGGCAGCAUUGGCAGUGAGUGUGAGUUAGAGCGUUCUCAGAUACACCUACAAUAAAUUGAAAGGGAAGAGUCAUUCGAAUGGGAGCAGCAGCGGCAUGAGGAGGAGCAGCAGCGGCAGUAGAAGCAGCAGCAGUGGUAGCAGUAGCGCUGGAAGGAAUGCGAGUGGGAAAGAGCAUAAAGGAGUGAGAGAAAGAGAAAAGGAAUUGCGUGGUUAGCGAAUAGAUUGUCUUAUGCUUUUUUUGUUAAGUGUUGCUGAGGCUAUUCAAAUGCCUUACACUCUUUUGUGGGGUUUUUCAGUAUCAGGAGGGGAUUUUGAGAGUCCUGUUUUGUAAACCUUGCUCGGAGCUUGUGCAUUGAGCACUCUAUUGUGGAUUUUUGAUGCAUAUUUGUUAGGUUCUAUCCUUGCAAACUCGGAGAACACGCCAAAGACUAGCUGUCUUUUGAAUCCUCUGCCCUCUUCAAAGAGGGAAGGCUGUCUUUCUUUUCUAAUAGUACCUGCAAGAUUAGCUUUCUGCCUCAUACCUAAGUCUGUGAGCUUGACACUAACUAAUAUCUUUUCAGUUGAAGGGUGGUUUAGAUAUCCAUAUGGAGAAGACGUCGAAAGAGCUACCAUUGUGCUGACAAACUUUAGAAAAGUGCUUUCGUCUUAAAUCAAGAGCAACGUUUCAGGUUUAUGCUCACUUGUGUCCUUUCUGAUCCUGCAGUAUCCUGAAGUACUCUCCAGCUACGUGCAAAUUUACGAUCUUAUUAUUUUUGAUAUUGUAAUGACAAUCCUCUGUCUCACUAACAUCAGAAAUGUAGACAAGCUAAUCUCCACCUUAAAUCAAAUCUAAGAAAGCGAGGGAGAGCUUUGA